AGGUAAUCACCUCAAAAUCUAGGCCGACUCAGUCUGGACGCUAUUCUACUUGGUAGUCGCCAUGCUGUGUGGAGUGAUUUCGGGGUGACAAAUAGGAUUUUCAUUCAUUUCUUGGGAACAUGCACUUGAGGCCAUGGUGACCCAAGCUGCUGUGUGAGGAGAUCAGAUUCAUCAAAACUCCAUCCUUUGUGAAGUUCAUGAAGUUGGCAGACAAUGUAUCAGCGGAUUCGAUGUUGUCGGUUUGCAAGUGGCUUGGAACUGAAUGGAGUUCGAAUCAGGGGACUGAAGACAUUUUCUCCUGUCAGCAGUGGCGCAGAAAAUCACAAGUUUAUAGCGCCAUGGAUGAAGCAACAUCUUUUCAACUCGGAGAAGCAUAAUGCUGCUACUGAUUUGGAAACUGAGCACAGUGAUUUCAGUAACUCCAAAGAAUCUUAUGUACUCCCAAACUUAGUGGGACCUUCCAUUCAAUCUCAUGUUCAUGAAAUAGCAGAGAGGCAAAGUGCUCCUUAUCGAGAACUUUUGGAAGCUCUUGUUACAACAGAGUGUCCGUCUCUGCCUGAUGAAUGGCUCUUUCAGCCAGGCUGGAUCUGUUACAGAAAGGGCUCAGAGCCUGAGCAUGUGGAAUUUCCCAAUGAAGACGCUCUGUUUUUUGAUGCUGAAGUCUGUGUUAGCGAGAGUUUUGCCCCAGUGCUGGCUACUGCGGUAAGCUCCACUGCUUGGUAUGCAUGGGUGAGCCCUGUUCUAAUUCAGCGAAGAAGUAAGGUAAAUGCUCCUGUCUAUGUUAGUGACCUCGUGCCCUUGGGCCAUCAAGGCACAAGACCACGGGUGGUUAUUGGGCACUAUGUUUGCUAUGACAGUGCAAGAAUUCAGGAGUGUUAUGACUUGUCUACAUCAGGCAUGAAGUUCUUUGACACCAUGGCAGCUCAUAUUUCCGUCAGUGGGAUUACUGAUUUGCAAAGGUACUUCUUACUUAAUGCUGAGAAAAAGCCAGACUGGGCUAGCCUUGCUUGCGGAAACAGUUUGAAAGCUUUGCAUCAUCUGUAUUGUGGAAAAGAACUCGACAAGACUGAGAGAGAUGUCUUUGUGAAGGGGUCUAUUAGUGAUAUUGCAGAUAGAUUCCAAGAACUUACUAGAUACUGUGCUCUAGAUGUUGUAGCCACCCAUUCUGUGUAUUGUAAACUUUUGCCCUUGUUUCUGGAAAGGUGUUCCCAUGGUUCCACAUUAACUGCAAUGCUAGACAUAUCUUCCAUGUUUGUGCCUGUGACUAGACAGUAUAAAGAUAUCAUAGAUAAUGUCAAAGAAAAAAUAUCCAAUGAGGAUAAAAAAGUCCAACUGCUUUUACAAGAGCUUGCUGAUGAUGCUUUGCACCUGAUGCAGAAUGACAAGUUCAAAGAUGACCCAUGGAUGUGGGAUCAAGAUUGGAGGAAGAUUAGCAAGAAGUUGAACAAGCCAGAAUGGUAUAAGAAGCUUACAUCGCAAGUAAGCAAGACUGAAUCCGACAUUCAUUUAAACUUAAGAAGUAAUAUUUCUGCCCAACUGAUGCAGCUGAGUUGGGGCUGUUUUCCUCUUCACUAUGAAAAUGACCAUGGUUGGGGCAUGCUUCUCCCAGCCUUCAAGGCUGCAAGUGGAGCAAGGGAUCAAGUGGAUGGCAGAGUUCCUGUAGAAAGUAUUAGAAAGCACUGUGAUGUUCUCCCUCGGCCAAGAAUUAGCUCGAUUCCCUCAUUGAGAGACUAUGAGUCUCUGCAAAGUGGUGUCACUGCAUCAAAUUCUGAUGUUAGUAGUGGUGCUCCUGGAUUCAAAAACCAAGAGGGUACUCAGUUUUUUAUGCAAAAUGGAUUAAUUUUUAAGAAGCUUCCACAUUAUUUAAGUAUUGAUAAAAAUGUAGGGGGCCCCAUGUCCAUUCAUUUGCUGAUGAAUCCAUGUUUACGCUCUAACAAUUCUAAAGCAACAAGCAUUCUCAAGAUUCUUAGAAAAAAUCUGUUUUGGAAGAGAAACAGUAAAGCAUUUGAAAUGCUUCCAGUAGUUUGGUAUGAUGAGAGCCAGUCGAGUGGAGCUGUGGUUCCCUCAGCCUCUGCGUGUGGUGACUUUGCACGACAUCCCAAGGAAGUCUUUUUCUCUGCGUUUUGUAGUGAGCCAGAAUGCAGUGCAGGGACUGAAGUAAACCAAGCCUUUGAAGCACCUCCUCGUUGGAGUUUUCUCUCCGCAACUGUUCCAGACACCAAUCUGUGGAUGACCUGUCUGCUGGCAGACAGCGUGAGUGGUGAAUGCGGCCACACCCCAAUUGGGAAAAUGUUUGUUGAUGGUGAAGUUUACUCUAGUAUUUCGGAGCACAUGAAGCUGACCAAGUUGCAAUCAGAGCUUUUGUUUCAUGCUGUGCUUUGGGGUGCAAACAAGAGAUACUUGGCUAAAAUGCUGAGGGAGAUAAACCCACUCUUGAGUGAUGUGAAAGUUUACAAAAAGGCCGAUCAGCUCCUAACAUACCUUUGUGGCAGUCCCUUUAUGUCCCAAAAUGGAAAGCUUGCAAGACCUGGUGGAAUUUUUGAUGAUUUCUUACUCAAGCUCCAGGAAAUGAUUGAGAGUGAAAAGAUAGCUACACCCAUCCUUAAAACUCGCCUCAGUAGAGUCCUAGAGAGUGAUAGAAAGAAAUACUUGAAGCUAAUUCAGAACUGGUUGGUGAGAAGCUCUGCAGUUGACUAUCUGCAUGUGCUUAUGAUGUGCUUCCGUGAUUUAGAGCCAAGUGCUCGGCUGUGUUCUGUUGGCUCUCUAAAGAUGCAUGUGAAAUAUCUUGUACCUGAUGAAAGCAAGUAUUGUGCUGCCAAAUCCCUCCACAUUGCCCACCUAUAUGCAGCAGCAUUUUGCGCUGCUCAAGUUGGCCUGAGUGAUAUCCCUAAAAUAGCAGCAGAACUGCCCCAUGUAACUCUCAGUUCCCACUUUAGGGAGGAUUCAAUUAAUGCUCUAAAGUUGACUUUUAAGGAGGCACUAAUGUAUUCCAAACCUGAAUUUUCAACCAAUAAUUAAUUUACAAAGCCAUCAUCAUGUGAUCUGGAAAUGGACUGUUGAAUGAAAGACGUGUUGCUUUAUUUAUUAAAGAAAGAAAAGAAAUUUUAAUGUAGUAGUUCGGAACAGAUUUCUUCAAUCUUGAAAUAUCAUAGUAUUAGUCGAUAUUUGCUUAACAUAAAUUUAACUGGUUAUUGUGUGGUA